ACCAGACGGACCUCUUCCUGUUUUGAAACGAGCUGCCCGUCACUCGUGAUGAUGAUGAUGAUGAUGAUGAUGUUAACGGUUUUUAUUAUUGAGCUGUACUGAUCGCCCUGCUGAAAGCAUGUCUGUGAGCUCGGGCUGCAGUACGGUCCUGAUGUCGGUGCGCGUGUCCGUUCGGCCGCUACGCGUGGGCUCCGACUCUCUGCGGCUGCAGCUCAGCAUGAACGCGAGCCGCGCGGGACACUUCACGCUCACGCUCAGACACACCGACCGUGGAGGACGCAGCGUGUCUCUAGCAGAAUUUGAUCUGCGCUCGGUGAAGUAUGAGGUCACAUCGGCUCGAUGUCAUGAACUGCGUCUCAGCAAACCACCCCACGACAGCCUCACAUUUACCUUCCGCAGCGAGCAGGAGGCUCAGGAGUGGGCCACUGUCAUGAUGUCUUCACUGCGAGAGGCACACAGAGUUGCCAACAUUUCACAUCUCUCACAUGAUGGACUGCAGUAUGUGAAGUGUGAAGACAAAAGCUCUACCUUUUCAAUGUCAACUAAAGAGGAGUUGUGUAUAGAGCUAUCCCAAGCAAUAGAGGCUGGUGAUACUCGUGCAGCGAUGCGGUACGCCUCAGAUCUGGCUCAGCAUCAAAUAGCACUGACUAUCCAGCCAUCGCAGAGGGAUGCGGAGGAAGGCGAGAUAAGUUUAGCUGUUGUAGUAGAGGAUACAACGUCAUCUUGUUGUGUCACUGUUAAAAUCCUUCCCCAUAUGACUGUUUCCUCUAUGAAGCAGCAGAUGUUUCUUGAGUAUGGCUUUCACCCCAAGGUGCAGCGCUGGGUGAUCGGACAGUGUCUGUGUACUGACGUCCGUUCCUUAGCGUCGUAUGGCAUCUGUAGAGAUGGUGACACAGCAUUCCUCUACCUUCUGUCUGCCCGUCACGCCUGUCUCAGUCAACAGCAGUGCCAGCAGGAGCAAGAGAACGCCGCCCUAAUGUUGACACCGGCACCAAACCCCACACCUGCCCUCACGACAGCCAGCAGCAGCAGCAGCCCUGCUAGCCAUGACUGGAGAGGAUACAGCACGCUACCUCCUCGAUUUACUCACAGCAGCUCAGGUGGUACUGGCACAGAGAAACCUAACGUCAAUGACAUCAUUAACCUUGAUAUUUUGCAACUCGGAGGGUCCAAACUGAAAUCCAGUAACACACAGUUGGGGUGGUCCUGCCCUUCCUGUACAUUCAUAAAUAAAUCCACAAGACCAGGCUGUGAAAUCUGUAGCACAGAUCGACCCAACCCUCCAAAUCACUGUAGCAUUCACCAGGAAAAAGUAAGAAGAUCUGACAAGUGAAACUGGGUUGCAAAUACAGACGUAUAUGAACAAAACAUUACAGACACCAAAAUUCUAAACUGUCAUUUGUAUGUAUGUGUGGGUUAUUUUUCAACAAAGCUGUAACUCUAGUAGUGGCUACAUAGCUUAAAAUAAAAAAAAUAUUCAUAAUUUAUUCACCUUCAUGUAGUUGAAAACCUGAAUAAUAGCACUCUCUUCUGUAGAUCACAAAGGAAGAUAUUUUGAGAAUUGUUUCAGUUUUUUGUGUCCAUACAGUGGAAGUCAAUGGGGUCCAAUGUUAUUGUGUUAACAAUGUUCUUCAAAAACAAUCUUCAUUUUGUGUUCUGCAGAAGAAAGAAAUGUAUACAGAUUUAGAAUGACACGAGGGUGAAUAAAUUGCGAAAGAAUUUCCAUGCUUGGGUGAACUAUUCCUUUAGUAAACUUGGUUUUCCAGAUAGCCUGGAGUUGGAGUUAAAAACGUUGAAACAGUGUAGCUUCAACAUACAACAUACAGCGGUUUGAAUUUUACCCAGACUGCCUGGCCAAAAAUAAAGUCGUGCCCUUUAAUAUUUUGUAUAUUUAACUUUGGCUACGACAGACAUUUGUCAUGCAAUCUAUCAACAACCUUGCCAUGUGCAGCAUUUUUCGACAAGAUCUUAUAUUUAUGACAUACGAGUCAAAGCGAAUCGACCAAGUCUUCACCAGGACAUCCCAAAGACUAUCACUGGGGUUCAGGUCAUGUUGGUUUUCUUAGCUUGAUUUGGGUUUUAUAGUGAUCAUUUCAAUCUAAAUGAAAUGACUCUUUUCUUGGCCAGGCAAGUGUAUUUUUGAUAUCUGUCUUGCAAGAAAGAAGAUUUACAGUGUAAAUGCAGCUCGAUAUGUAAAAAACCAAAACACUCUAAAAUCUUUCCACCUAUUUUAUCUUUAGAACAGAACCCAAGUCUUUGAAUCAUGACUACUGCUAUAACUUGAAAUUGCUCACAUUAAUUUGAUGAGGUAAUUUAAAAACUGUAUUUUGCCAUGACUUAUCACAUCAUUUUUUGACAGUAAAGUCAUGUUUUUACUUGACAUUUUAGGAUGUACAGUAUCAAUCGACAAAUAUGCUUUCAAUAUAUCCGGGUUUGGUUAAGUUCACUGGUGUCUGUGGGUGCUUCGGUUUUAAAUGUGAUCUUUAUACAUUGUGCACCCAAACAUUGUAACAAGGCCAACACAUGGUUGGUCGUUCAAAAGUGUAAUGUUCAUUAAUGCAUGUGAUGUCUUUUUUUUGACAAAAGUACUCUAACUGACUUAACAUUGAAGCCUUUGUUUAUGUUUGUAACAUAGCUUUAUUCAGACACAGGGUAAUGAAGUGCAUUUAUUUUUAUAUAUAGCUUAUUUAAUGAUAUCUAUGGUUUUAAUAUGGUUGCAUAUUAAUUGUGAAAUGAAUUCAGUGUUUAUUGUAAACUGUUGUGAGAGACUUGCCAGUGUACAUGCAUUUCACCAUGGCAUCGCUGUAAAUAAAUGGAAAUGGAAGAAAUUGAUAGAAAAAUGGUUAUUCACACAUUCUAUUGGCAUAAUGUUAAGUGAUAUAUUAUACAAUUGUCCAGCCGACAAGUAAACAAUGAAACAUUGAAA